AUGCUGCAGGCUCAGAGUCAACACGUAUUUUCGCACCAGCACCAGUAUCCCCAAGCUGAGCCUUCCUGGCUGCACCAACAGCAGCAGCAACAUCACCAGGCCCAGCACCACCAACAGCAUACGUCGCUUGCUCAGCAGCAUGCGCAGGCUCAGGCUGCUGCCGCCGCUGCUGUAGCGCAGCAACAGCACUACAACCGCAUUGCAAUGACAGGGAAUACUUCCGGUGCGGUCACCGGCAGUCAGGCGCAGGCUCCAGCCAAUGCCGCCGCAGGCAUGGGCACUGACGCAACGAAUGCCGGCAUCGAUGGAGGAAUCAGCGAGGAGAAUCGCAAAGUCUUCGUUUGGGUGGCUGAGCUUCUUGACCCAAAUCGACGUGAAACUGCUCUCAUGGAGCUCAGUAAAAAACGAGAACAAGUUCCGGAGCUCGCGCUGGUCAUCUGGCAUUCGUUUGGUGUCAUGACUGCCUUACUUCAGGAGAUCAUUUCCGUGUAUCCUUUGCUGAAUCCAUCUCAACUCACUGCUGCCGCCUCUAACCGGGUGUGUAAUGCAUUGGCAUUGCUUCAGUGCGUUGCGUCUCACAACGAUACCCGCACCUUGUUCUUGAAUGCGCACAUUCCUUUGUUUCUUUACCCGUUUCUCAACACUACUUCCAAAUCUCGACCUUUCGAAUACUUGCGUCUCACCUCUCUCGGUGUUAUCGGUGCUCUUGUUAAGAACGACUCCUCCGAUGUGAUCAACUUUCUUCUGACAACUGAGAUAAUCCCUCUUUGUCUUCGUAUAAUGGAGACCGGCUCGGAGUUGAGCAAGACAGUUGCUAUAUUCAUUGUUCAGAAGAUAUUAUUAGACGAUACUGGGUUGAACUAUAUAUGUGCUACUUAUGAGCGCUUUUAUGCCGUCGGUACUGUUUUGAGCAACAUGGUUACGCAAUUGGUAGAGCAACAAACCGUGCGACUUCUUAAACACGUGGUUCGUUGCUUUUUGAGACUGAGCGACAACAACCGCGCUCGCGAAGCAUUACGACAAUGUCUUCCAGAACCACUUCGCGAUGCUACCUUCUCAUCCGUCCUUCGUGACGAUGCUGCUACCAAGCGUUGUCUAGCUCAGUUGCUGAUCAAUCUUUCAGACAACGUAGAUGCCGGCAACGCCGCUGGUACUGCUAUGUGA